UAAUUUUUCGCCAAGGUCGCGGUCUGGUGCACUUUAAAGUCUUUCUGCGUGUGGCUUCAUAAUGCCAGAGGUUACUCGUCAAGAUAAUGAUAAAAAGACAAAGAAGGAACUUAGAAAAUUACAACGCGAUAUAGGUAAACCAAAGGUUCAAGAAGCAGAGGUUGAUCAGAAAACUGUGGUUAAUCUCCUUGGGGAAAAUGGGAUACUUGAUGCAACGGAUGCAUAUGGUGUUCUCCCAUUGUGUCAGUCACAGUUUACUGAAGGCCCCAAAUACACUGAACUGAGAGAAUUGUCAAAGGAGUCAAAUAUCAAUCAAAAUGUGUGGGUUCGUGGGCGUCUUCAUAGAAGUCGAAUGAAAGGAAAACUAUGUUUUUUUAUACUACGUUUACAAGACUACAGAGUACAAAACGUGCUUUCUGUCGGGGAACAUACUCCAAAAGAAAUGUUGGCAUUCGUCUCCAGCAUUUCUAAGGAAUCGAUCGUCGAUGUUUUUGGGCGAGUUCUAAAAAGCCCUGUUCUCAUUGAGGGUUGCAAUCCAGAUACCAUUGAAAUCCAUUGUGAAAAAGUGUUUGUUGUAAGUGCUGCUCUUCCAACUUUACCUCUACAAAUUGAGGACGCAAUGAGACCUGAUGAUGACGAAACGACUUUGAGCCGAGUCAAUCAGGAUACUCGUUUAGAUAAUAGAUGCAUAGAUCUGAGGACUCCGGUCAAUCAAGCUAUUUAUCGGGUUGAAGCUGGUGUAGUCAAAUUUUUUAUGGAAUACCUUACUAAUGCUGGGUUUGUGAAUAUCCAUACUCCAAAAAUGAUUUCAGCAGCUUCCGAAGGUGGUGCAAAUGUUUUCAAAGUGUCCUACUUUUCUGGUAGUGCCUAUUUGGCCCAGUCACCUCAGCUAUAUAAACAAAUGGCCAUAGCGGCUGACUUUGAAAGGGUCUUUACCAUAGGCUCAGUUUUCCGUGCUGAAGAUUCUAACACACAUCGACAUCUUACAGAAUUUGUUGGUUUAGACAUAGAGAUGGCCUUCAAAAACCAUUACCAUGAGGUGGUCGAUCUUAUCGCAGAUAUGUUUGUUCAUGUGUUCAAAGGGUUGCAACGCGAAUAUCAAACUGAAAUCCAAACCAUAUGUCAACAAUAUCAUUCAGAACCUUUUGAAUUCCUUCAACCUACGUUACGCUUACAGUAUCGUGAUGCUAUUCGGAUGUUACAAGAUGCCGGUUGGGAAAUUGGAGAACUAGAUGAUUUAAAUACACCUGCUGAAAAGUUCCUUGGGAAAUUGAUCAAGGAAAAGUAUCAUACAGACUUCUAUAUUCUUGAUAAGUUCCCACUGGAUAUUCGCGCUUUCUAUACUAUGCCACAUCCUACUGAGAAGGGCUAUUCUAAUUCGUAUGAUUUUUUCAUGCGUGGGGAAGAAAUCAUGUCUGGGGCACAACGUAUUCAUGAUCCAGUCCUUUUAUCGGAACGUGCUACACACCAUAAAGUUGAUCUGGAAAAGAUUAAAGCGUACAUUGACGCUUUUCGUUAUGGUUGUCCACCCCAUGCCGGUGGAGGGAUUGGUCUUGAGCGAGUGACUAUGCUGUUCCUUGGGUUGGAUAAUAUCAGAAAAGCAUCAAUGUUCCCACGUGAUCCAAAACGAUUGACUCCUUAAUUUAUUUUGAUAAAUCUUUAACAGAACUCGGUAGCA